AUCAAUCAAAGAUUUAGUAGGCCACCUGCGCCUAAACAAUGUAUCACUGACCAAGGUUUACGGCGUCAUGUCAGAUAUGCACGGCCGUUAUGAAGAUGUGCCUUUCCGGAAGAGGUCUCUCCGCAACAUGUGUGCAGCAAUCGCAUACGAGUCCAGCCAAGACGACAUCAACAAAACUCUCGCUUUGUUUUCAAGCAUGCAAGCCGAGAACAAAGGUUUUUACUUUGCGGUGAAGACUGACGAUGAAAGAAGGGUAUCUGGAUUGUAUUGGUGCCAUCAAAAAAGCAGGGCAGAUUAUACAUGUUUUGGUGAUGUUGUGACUUUUGAUACAACAUAUAAGAGCAACCUAUACGAGAUGCCUGUAGGCAUGUUCAUCGGCGUAAACAAUCAUUAUCAAUGUUGUGUUUUUGGCUGUGUUGUGCUUCGUGAAGAAACUGUAGAAUCUUUCGAGUGGGCAUACGAAACUUUCUUAUCUUCAGUGGACAACAAAGUACCCAAGACGUUCUUGACAGAUCAAAGCAGGCAGAUGGAGCUUGCAAUUGCUUCAGUCAUGCCAACCACUAUCCACAGAUGGUGCAAAUGGCACGUUUUCAAAAAGAUGAAGGAAAAAGUGGGCAACGUAUACAGAAAGGGUUCUGCAUUCCGCAUAGAGUUUGACAUGCUCAUCAAUGAGAUGAUGACCGUGGAUGAGUUUGAAAAAGAGUGGGAUGUAUUAAUGUAUACAUAUGGUCUCGACAGAAACUCAUUCAUGAAGCAAGUUUAUGAGGUUAGGGUAAAGUGGGCGAAACCAUACCUGAAGGACAACUUCUGCGCAAAGAUGUGCAGCACUCAAAGAAGCGAGUGCACGAACAAUGUUUUAAAAAGCUAUGUCGCAAGAUCAGCACCUCUCAACAGUUUCGUCAUCCAAUUCAAUAAAAUGUAUGCCGACAGAUGUGCCGAAGAGGACUACGAGCAUGCCCAUACAAACAAGGACAAGGCAGUUAUCAAAUUCAAUAUUCCAAUAGAACGCCAUGCAUCGAAUGUCUACACAAGAACCAUGUUUAGGAUCUUCUCAGAGGAGUUGUAUCAAUCUGGCCCGUACGAAGUUAUAGGACAACAGCUCGACGGAAAGAUGAUAGUUGAGCAUGUGAACGCUGAAAUCAGGAAACGCUGGUGCAAAGUCACAUAUGAAGUAGACGUAGACAGAGAGAGUGACACAUACACAUGUGAGUGUGGCAUGUUUCAACAUUCAGGAAUACUGUGCAGACACAUUCUCAAGGUGAUGCUUCACGUCAAGCUUCAAGUAAUCCCGGACAAAUACAUAAUGAAGAGGUGGACAAGGGAUGCCCGCGACAUGCUACCAGAACAUCUCAAGUGCUACCAGAAUGAUGCAAGUGUUCAAGUCUCCAAGACAUUCAGGCACAACAUCGUUUACGUAAAAGCUCUUGAGUUAGUUAAGUUGGCGAACACAUCAGUCCCCACAUUCCAGUACGCAAUCCAAAAGUUUCACGAAAUGCAAGAAGAGCUCAACAAAAUGAUUGCUACUGAGGCGUUAUCAGAUCCCCAAAAUCAGAACAAGAGCUGCGGAGGUUCAACGCAAAAUGGAGGGAGCUCAGAGAAACCUGAUGCCACAAAUGGCAUAGCACAUCCUGAUCAAGCAGGAGGGCAUAGUGAUCAAGACUUUUCUGAGGACGUGCUACCACCCGAAAGGAAAAGAUCCAAGGGCAGGCCCAAAACAAAGCGCAUCAGAACCACAUCAGAGAUUGCUACCAAGAACAGCAAAAGGAAAUGCUGCAUAUGUGGCUCGGACGGUCACAUCACAAUCUCGUGUCCAUGCACGGCGGCAGGUGGAGCCGAUCAUGAAGGAACGAAUGCUCAAGAAACUCAUGCAUCACAAAACAUGGAGGCAGGCGAGAGUAUGUUCAGUCCGGUUGGGAGCAACGUUACUUCAGAAAACCCAGAUGCAGAGCAAAGCAUCACAAAGCCAGCAAAUCAGAGGAACAAUCAGCAAAAACCACCGUCUGCCACAAGGAGAUGCAAGAACUGUGGGCUACCUGGGCACUACGUCAGUACGUGUCCAACAUACGAAGGGCCCAAGAAGCCACCAAAAGAGGUCAGAUGCACGACAUGCACGCUAUGGGGCCACUAUAGCACCACCUGCGGAGGCGACACAACCUACAAGCGCAAGCAUGCAUCUUAGAAGCAAGCAAAGGAUUCAGAAUUCACCUACCGACGAUCAACCCCGGCAACACCUGAUACGCGGCGUCUCCCUCGUACGGUACAACGCAUCAAGCGUUUUAUCCUUUUUAGUAUGAUUUACCGAACUGCUCUGUCAGCAGAACUAUAAGAUUUGAUUUGAGAAUUUGUAAGCUAAACUAUGGCACAUGCAUUUUGCAUUUUUUAUCCAUUAUUGUAAUAGACACUCAUCCGUUUUUCACGAAUGUUUAUCCAGACCUUUUUUUUACA